UUUUCCUUUUUAUGUUAUUGUUCUCUGGUGCUCCAUCUCUCUUCCUCUUUCUUUUUCUCUAUCUGUUCCUCCUUAUUUUAGACACGUGGGAAAGGAGGAUCAGCAGCCAGUUCUAUCCACCCACUCUGAGGAGGAGGACCGCCGCCCCCCACGCCUAGACCCUGCAGACUGCCUCUUGAGGACUCCUUGGUGCAUCCCGCGCCUGGCCUGCUGGCUUGGUCCCUGAGUGUGGUGUCGGGGAACCUUGCCGCCCGCUGCAGCUUCCCUGAGGUUCCUGCAAGGCCUGCCGCCUCCUCACAGCAGGAGCAGUGUUGCAGUGGAGGCUGCAGGGCCGGGCAGCAGCCUGAGUGGCCGGGACCAGCAGGAGCAGACUGCCCCUGGUGUGAGGAUCAGGGGUGAACCACCACCACCUUGCUGCUGGCAUCUCCAGCCAUAAAGGAAAGGGAACGUUUGAGUGUGAGAAGAUUGGAGACUGAGAGCAAGUUCACCAGACACAGCCUUGCACUCACUGCUGAAGGAAACCAUGAGUGCCCAGAGUGUGGCCAAAGACUCCCUGGGAAGGGUGGCCUCUACAAUUACACCCACACACUCUGAUGGAAAAACUCAUGAAUGCCAAGAGUGUGGCAAAAAGUUCAGAACUAAAAGUCACCUCAACACACACACCCUUGCACACACUGGGGAAAGACCUCAUGAAUGCCGAGAGUGUGGCAGAAACUUCAGAAUAAAAAGUCACCUCAACAGACACACCCUUACACACACUGGCAAAAGGCCUCAUGAAUGCCAAGAGUGUGGCAAGAAGUUCCGUCAGAAGAGUACCCUCAACACACACACCCUUACACACACUGGGGAAAGACCUCAUGAGUGCCUUGAGUGUGGCAAAAAGUUCAGUACGAAGAGUGACCUUAAAGAUCACACCUUUACGCACACGGGUGAAAGACCUCAUGAAUGUGAAGUUUGUGGGAAACAGUUCACUCUAAAGAACACCCUCAACCAACACACCCUUACACACACUGGUGAAAGGCCUCAUGAGUGUGAAAUAUGUGGGAAACAGUUCUCUCAGAAAAGUACCCUCAACACACACACCCUUACACACACGGGUGAAAGACCUCAUGAAUGUGGAGUUUGCGGGAGACAAUUCACCAAGAAGUCCACCCUCAACACACACAUCCUUACACACACUGGUGAAAAGCCUCAUAAGUGUAAAGUAUGUAGGAAACAGUUCACUCAGAAGAGCACUCUCAACACACACACCCUUACACACGCUGCUGAAAAGCCUCUUGGGUGCCCAGAGUGUGGCAAGAGAUUUUCUGCGACGGGUAGUUUGAACAGACACAUCUUCCGACACUCUGGCCUGAGGGAGUUCAAGUGUGAUGUCUGUGGGAAACAUUUCAUAACAAAGAGUGAAAUUUACAGGCACAUGAAGGUCCAUUUCCCCUGAGGUGUUGUGUGGUGCUGGGGUGUGUGGUGGGGGUGAUGGUGUCAGUAACAGAGGUGGAAGGAGUGGUUGGCAGUGUCUUAUGGCCAGUGUAACAGCCCAGUACACCAAGUUCGUAAGCUCCCCAACCAAACACAAAAUACUACGAAAAUUCCUCGUAUUGUGUUUGCGAGUGAUAUAAAUAGGAUUAAAUUUUAGCAGACCACAUGGAAAGUCUCGUUAGUAUCUGGUAUUGCGAAGAAAAAAAGGGAUCAUUGUGAAUUUUAUAGUUUGGUUUGAACGCUUACAAUGGCUAUGUUGGACUGUCAAACUGGCCUUACUUAGGGAACAAUUACUGAUAAAUGAUUAUUGGAACUGAUUUGGUCUGUAGCUCACACUUUAAUGGCCAGCGUUGCCAAAUUAUCGAACACACCGUAUUUAAUUUUCGUAGUUUCUGACUGAUAUCUACAGCAAAAACAAACAAAACAAACAUAAAUAAAUAACAGUUUUAACGCUAACUUUAAUAUCCUUUCGUUAUUUGUGUAGGGACGAAAGUUGGAGGCUUAAAAAUGAUAAAUACAGUGUGGUGGAUACGAUAAUCUGGCAACGCUGAUAAUGGCGUAGGUAGGCCUGGGCUUUCAGUGCUAUAGCGCCCAAUGUUUUAUAAAUAGGCCUGGAUCCCCAAGAUUUUUUAUUUAUUUUUUUUUUCUUAUUUUUUUUUUUCAGAAUAGCCCCAGCCAGGCCAAAACAAAAUGCUGAUUCUUGUUAACCCAGUAGCAGCGAUGGGCCAAAUUUGUGGCUUUACCGUGUACCAGUGACGGGCCAAAUUUGUGGCUUUACCGUGUACCAGUGACGGGCCAAAUUUGUGGCUUCACCGUGUAGCAGCGACGGGCCAAAUUUGUGGCUUUACCAUGUACCAGCGACGGGCCAAAUUUGUGGCUUCACCGUGUAGCAGCGACGGGCCAAAUUUGUGGCUUCACCGUGUAGCAGCGACGGGCCAAAUUUGUGCCAUGAUAUAAACCCCCCAAAAAAUAGAUGAUACAUAAUCUGAUCACAAAUGCUUGGAUAUAUAUUAUGAAAUGGUUUGUGUGAGGGGUGAUUUUGUCUCAUUUUUCUCGCUUGGAGGGACCAUUAAGAAUCAUGAUCCACGCUGAUACCACUGGGUUAAGGUGUUCGUAAUAAAAAUUAUAUAUCAUAGAUUUCAUACAGAGAUCACAUGGUUUGUUCCCGUCCAGUACAUGUUCCUAUCACGUAUUCACGGCCACACAACGGUAAGAUAUCGUUAUUUUAGAGUUAUGUGAUAUUUAUUUUAUAAGACUUCAAAUUUUAUAAUAUUCAACACAGGAGAAUAUUUUUGGACAUUUUAGGUUUUUAGCAAAGGGAUCACUCGCUGUAAGUUUGUUUACGUUGAGAAAAUGUUUGCUGUUUGAAAUGAAAAGAUUAGUCCUUUCCAAUAAAAUAAAUAAAUAAAUAAAUCUGCAUUUCUCAGUACUUGAAAAAUAGUCUCUCUCUCUCUCUCUCUCUCUCUCUCACACACACACACACACACACACACACACUGGAGGUUAAAACAAGCUUGGUAAUAGAGAUAUUCAAGGGUCACUUAACUAAAUAUUCAACAGUAAAUUGAGUUAUAUUCUAAGUCUAUAAUAUACUUACCCAUGUAUCAUCAGAGACCACUGUCACACUUCUCUGUAUGAUCUCUGAAGUAUAUAUUAAUUCUCUCUCUCUCUCUCUCUCUCUCUCAUCAAUCAAUACAGUUAAUACAUCAGUAAUAUAGGUAUUUAUUAAAACCCAAAAAACUCAACUCUUUUAAAUUUCAAACUGUGUUGUUUCCCACCCUGUCUCCAGUACAAGCUGCGUCUACAUCCACCAGACCACAUGUGUUCCCCUCGGAAACUACUUGAUAUCUCUUGAAAUAAAAUACUGAUGAAACUAUAAAAAUACCCAUCAAA